AACUCAGAAUCUUUUCGUUGUAGCUCAGCUGAACUCACAUCUCCUGUCAACAUGUCCUACAGCUGCUGCUCUGGAAACUUCUCCUCUCGCUCCUUUGCAGGCUAUCAGCGCUGCCUAGGCUCCUUCUACCCCAGCAACCUGGUCUACAGCACUGACCUCUGCUCUCCCAGAACCUGCCAGCUGGGAUCCUCUCUCUACAGUGGCUGUCAGAAGACCUGCCAUGAGCCCAUCAGGUGCCAGACAUCCUGUGUAGUGUCCCUUCCCUGCCAGACAUCCUGCUACCGCCUGAAGACCUCCCGGCUCUGCAGUCCCUGCUGGGCUACUUACCCUGGGUCUCUGGACUUUAAGUCCAGCAGCUGCCGCUCCCUGAGCUCUGGAUCCAGAAGCUGCUACUCACUGGGCUGUGGAUCCCGUGGCUUCAGACCCCUGGGUUGUGGAGUCUGGGGCUUCCCUUCCCUGGGCUGUGGACCCAGAUUCUGGCACCCAAUCAACUUUCCUUCCAGGAGUUUCUGUUCAUCUUGUUACUGGCCAAUCUGUAGAUCUGGCUUCUACUGA